CAAAAAAUGGCCUCUAACUCAAACAUUAAACCAAUAUGUCCAUCUCUAAACACAAAAAUCCAGAAUCCACAAUUCUCGUAACCAAACACAUCUCUAUCUCUCUCCCUCAGUUUUGUAUCCUAAAAAAAACCUAAUAAAACCAUUGAUCAUCACCAUCCCUAUUCUUCUCUGCACCAUUUCAAUGUUAUUCUUAUUUCCUAUUAUUUCUUGAUGCGCCGACACCUCACCAACGCAAUAUUCAAUUAGGGUUUCAUUUCCCCAUGUUCUGAUUUCUAGGUUUUCCUUUUCAUUCAUUCACAAAUCUAUUCGACCGGAUACUUUGAUAGUUUUUGCAAAUUGAAGUGCCUGAAGAUAAUUUCAUUUCUUUUACUUGCUAUAUUUGUUUGACCAAACCCCAAUUUCUUUUUUUAAUUUGAAAAAAAUUGCUUCUUUAGAAAUAGAUUUGUUAAGCUAGAAGUUAAUCUUCGUACGAUGCUGUUGUAUUGUAGUGUGCAUAUAUUGUUGUAAGUGAAGUUCAUUGUUGUUCUGCUUUUUGUAAUUUUCUGUAAACGGGUAAAUAGCGAAAAGGGGGCUUAUAGAGAUUGUAUGGGCGAGCAUGAGAAAGUAUUGCCGAAUGGCUUAUUGCCCCAUGAAGCUGCCUCUGUGAUCAGAGGGCUUGAUUUGGAGCGAUGGGCGAAGGCUGAAGAGAGAACUGCUGAGCUUAUUGCUUGCAUUCAGCCUAAUGAGCUCUCCGAGGAGCGCAGAAAUGCUGUUGCCGAUUAUGUGCAACGGCUUAUCACUAAGUGCUUUCCAUGCCAGGUGUUUACUUUUGGGUCUGUACCGCUCAAAACUUAUUUGCCUGAUGGAGACAUUGACUUAACUGCUUUUAGUAAGAAUCAAACUUUGAAAGACACAUGGGCUCAUCAGGUUCGUGACAUGCUGGAGAAAGAGGAGAAGAAUGAAAAUGCUGAAUUCCGUGUGAAAGAGGUUCAGUACAUUCAGGCAGAAGUGAAGUUAAUAAAGUGUCUUGUGGAAAAUAUUGUGGUAGACAUAUCUUUUAAUCAACUUGGUGGACUAUGCACACUUUGCUUCCUUGAGGAGGUUGAUCAUUUGAUAAAUCAAAAUCAUUUAUUCAAGAAGAGUAUUAUAUUGAUAAAAGCGUGGUGUUAUUACGAGAGCCGAAUCUUGGGUGCUCACCAUGGACUGAUUUCCACUUAUGCCCUCGAAACCUUGGUUCUUUAUAUAUUUCAUGUUUUCAACAAUUCUUUUGCUGGACCUCUUGAGGUCCUAUAUCGUUUUCUUGAGUUCUUCAGCAAGUUUGAUUGGGACAACUUUUGUGUUAGCCUUUGGGGUCCUGUACUUAUUAGUUCACUCCCAGAUGUAACAGCUGAACCUCCUCGGAAGGAUGGUGGAGAGUUACUGCUUAGCAAAUUAUUUCUUGAAGCAUGUGGUGCAGUAUAUGCUGUUUUCCCUGUCGGUCCAGAAAAUCAAGGGCAACCUUUCAUGUCUAAACACUUCAAUGUCAUCGAUCCUCUGCGUGUAAACAACAACCUUGGUCGUAGUGUGAGUAAAGGUAAUUUCUUUAGGAUACGUAAUGCAUUUGCAUUUGGGGCUAAAAGGUUGGCAAGGUUACUUGAUUGCCCAAAAGAAGACAUACAUUUUGAAGUAAAUCAAUUCUUUAUGAACACCUGGGAUAGACAUGGUAGCGGUCAGCGUCCAGAUGCACCAAAGAAUGAUUUAUGGCGUUUGAGAGUGUCACCUCCUGAACUCUCGCAUGGUUUUAAUAAUCUUCAGAUCAGUUCAAACAGCAAUAAUUCUGCUCAUGAAUCUAUAAAUGAUGCAGCAUCUAGUGCACUAACUGUUCCCACUCAAUCUGGUAAUUCUCUCUUGGAAAGCUCGUCUAGAGGUAGUGAAGUUGCUGUAGUUUCUCGUAGUCAAAGCCAAAAGACUUAUGUUAACCAUCAGUUUAAAAAAGAAAGUUGCUCUAAUCAGGGUUCACAUGCUGAGAAAAAUGUAAAAAGUUUUAAAGUUAAACCCGAUAACCUGGCCAGUGACCUUCAGGGAAGGUAUCUCUUUGCAAGGACACGCUCUAGUCCUGAGCUGACAGAGACAUAUGGUGAAAUUUCUUUUCAAGGCAGGCGCAACAGGGGCCAAGAAGUUGGAAAGGGCCAGACCUCAUCGGCCAGGUUAGAUAACAACAGGAGGAAGAAUGUGGAGUCUGAUACUUUGGGAAGCCAAGGUAUUAGACCGUCAACUGAAGAUCCAUCAUCCAUUAGGCAUGCCUCAUCUCGUCAAAACCUUUAUUAUAUAACUGCUGCUGAUUCAAACAGUGUAAAAAACAGUUACCAUGAUGCUUCUGGAGUGAGUGCUACUGGUGAGGAAUUUGCUUCUGUCCAUGGGGCACAGGGCAUGUAUCAGGAAGAGCAAGAUUUUGUGAACAUAAUGGCAUCUUCUGCAGGCCUUGGUUUUAAUGGACAGGUACACCUUCCACUGAAUUUAGGUUCAAGUCACAUGCCUCUUCCGAUAUCACCUACUGUUCUAGCUUCAAUGGGCUAUGCUCAUAGAAAUUUGGGUGCAAUUCUACCUGGAAAUAUUCCCUUGAUGGAUAACCCUUGGGGCUCAAACAUGCAAUUUCCUCAAGGUUUGGUUUCGUCGCCGUCGCCCCAUUAUUAUCGUGGCAUAGGGUUGACCUCAAGUGCUGAAGAUUCUGCUGAAGGUGGAAAUGAAAAUUUUGUUUCGAUGGACUUGAAUGCCACCGAAGCUGAUAGAGAUUUCUGGCAUGAGCAAGAGAGGGGUUCUACUACUAGUGGGAUUGAUCUCGAAAAUGGAAGCUUUGAAAUGCAUCAAUCAGAUGAUAAGCAGCAAUCCACUUCAGUUAGUUAUAAUGUCAUUCCUUCAACGCGAAUUAGCGCCUCUGCUAGUUCUUCGAGAGGUCACCAGAAAUUUUCCAAAGAAGCCCGAGGGUCAAUGAGGGAAGAUCAUGUAGAUGCUUUCCCGUUUCAAGAAAAUAGAGGCGGUGAAGUCUGCUUUGAUGACCGAGUUGCAGGAACGAUGUCCUCUACAUCUGUGAAUACUAGCUCUCAGAGAAGUAAAACCUCUUCAGAGAGUUCGUGGGAGGGUUCACCUGCAAAGACAUCAAAGUCAACAAGGGAGAAGAGAAACAGAAAAACAGCUUCUUCUGCUUUCUAUGGAAAAGGUAAGAAUGUCUCGGAGCAUUCGUCCAAUCAGGGAGACGAUGACAACAAAGAUUGGAAUCCACCAUCCACGGUUGGCCCUGACAUGAUUGAAAGAAGCAUAGGACCUCAAUCUGCUGCCGCUGUGCAUGUGCCUAGGCAUGAGAUAUCUGGAUUUGAGACAGCACAUACUAGUGGAUCAGAGUCAUUGAUAUCCAUGGCUCCAAUGCUCUUGGGACACGGUUCAAGACAAAGAACUGCAGAUGGUUCAGGUGUUGUUCCAUUUGCAUUUUAUCCCACAGGGCCACCAGUGCCAUUUGUUACAAUGCUUCCAUUUUACAAUUUUCCUUCUGAGACAGGAACACCUGAUGCAUCAACAAGUCAAUAUAGUGCUGAGGAGGCUGUGGAUAAUGGAGAUUCAGGUCAGAGUUUUGAUUUAUUGGAGGGAAUUGAUCAAUCUGAGGUCUUAAGUACGUCUACUUCUAUGACAAGGGAUGCUUCUGUUGAGCCAUUGGAGCAUAAAUCUGACAUUCUCAAUAGUGAUUUUGCUAGCCAUUGGCAAAAUUUGCAAUAUGGACGUUUUUGUCAAAACUCGAGAUUCAACUCUCCGCUGGCUGGUCAUUCACCUCUUAUGGUCCCACCUGUAUAUCUUCAAGGUCGUGUCCCAUGGGAUGGUCCUGGAAGACCUCUUUCAACCAACAUGAAUGUUUUCACUCAGCUUGUGAAUUAUGGACCUCGCAUUGUUCCUGUUGCUCCUCUACAGUCUAUGUCUAAUCGUUCUACUGGUGUUUACCAGCAUUAUGUUGAUGAAAUACCAAGAUACCGUAGUGGGACAGGGACCUACCUGCCAAAUCCUGUAUCUGUUCGGGACCGACAUUCUACAAAUACAAGGAAGGGAAACUACAGCUAUGAGAGAAAUGACCACCAUGGUGACAGGGAAGGCAACUGGAAUGUGAAUCCAAAGCCUCGAGCAACUGGGCGCAACACUCGCAGUCAAGGCGAGAAGACAAAUUCAAGGCUGGACCGCUUGGCAGCAAACGAUAGCCGAAGUGAUAGGACAUGGGGCUCUCAUAGACACGAGUCAUUCUCUUCAUUUCAGUCUCAGAAUGGUCCAAUCCGUCCAAACUCCUCACAGGGUGGUUCUACCAACAUGGCAUAUGGCAUGUAUCCACUACCAUCUAUGAAUCCUGGUGGAGUUUCUUCAAAUGGGCCCAACUUUCCUCCUGUUGUCAUGCUGUAUCCUUAUGAUCAUAGUGGUGGUUUUGGCAGUCCUACCGAACAGCUCGAGUUUGGAUCUCUUGGUGCUGUGGGAUUUGCAGGUGUAAAUGAGGCAUCACACAUAAACGAGGGAAGUCGACCAAGUGGGGGAUUUGAUGACCAAAGAUUCCAUGGCAACUCUACCCAACGGUCUUCACCAGAUCAACCUUCUUCCCCUCAUUUUCAGAGGUAGUUAUCAUUCUGUUGAUAAGGUGCAAGGUUUCAGUGGGCUCGACAGCCAGGGGCAUUUGAUUAAUACUGCCAUAAUGGUGGCUCAAAAGGAAUUAAAAAUUGAAGGUUGAGGAUUUUCCACUUCGUUGUGUAUCCGAAUGAAGCAGAAAAUGACGGUGAGAAUAAUCUGAAACAAAGAUACAAGGGCUUGGUUGUUGAUUGUUGCUGGCUGGGGCUGGGGCUGGGGCAUGUGUCUGUACACUAAAAUCUUCUGCAGACCUUCCUGUUUCCAUGGAUUAUUAAGCACCAAAUGGAUGGGGGGGAUCUAGGACUCGGAGAUUAGUUUUAAAUAUACACAUUGUAACUCCACUGAUUUAGAAGCUCUCUAGGAUUUACAGUGUUAUACUUGUUUUUUCUCAGAAUUUUGUUCCACACUAAAGUGUAUUAGGGAUUUUCAUUCAGAAGCUCAAUAUAAGAGCUCAUUUUACA